GGUAGCGAGGGAAUAUCCGAGAGUUGGGCUGCUUCGGGUGUCUGUUGUGGAGUCGAGUAGAGCUCCCUUUCUGCGGUCAGGGGACCUCUCAAACCUUCCUCUGACCUGGGGUCUCUCGAGGGCUAGUGUGGGUUUUCUGCAGAGGUGGGAGGAACUCCCCCCCCAUCCCCCAUUGAAGUUGAUGCCUUUGUUUGAGGAAACAGACUUAAGCCAACUCUCCUUUCCAGGGUCUGUUCGCUACUUAAACGGCACAGAUGGGCUUGGGUUCCUCGUUCCUCAGGCCUGAGUGGGCAUUGGUUCUAGUCACACAGCUUUUUAGGGUUUAAGGUACUGUGACAGGUCUGAUUGUUUUUCGAGUCAAGAUUUCACUUGUAUUUCCUUUCAUUAUAAAGCUGGCGUAACGAAGUUAAAGAAUUCCUGGAGAAUUACAAAAUUGUUAUUUUCCCCACCCCCUAUGUGGCAGAUUUGAGGAUAUUUUGAUAGAUAAAAUGAUGAGGUGCUAAUUUGUCCUGAAAAAACUAGUAGUCACCAUGUGGACCAACACAGUCUUAUUUAGGAAGAGGUAAACCAAGAUUUUAUUUUCAAGAUGGAAAACCCAUCCGACUCAGGUGUGAUUUUACCUAGCACUCCGCGGGCUUGCGCCAAUCCACCAUCUCCCCGGACAAGUAGCACAAGAAAACAACCUAUGAGUGCAACACUUAGAGAACGAUUGAGGAAAACUAGAUCUUCAUUUAAUUCCUGUUACAGUGUGGUGAAACGUCUUAAAGUAGAGAAUGAAGAAAAUGAUCAGACUUUUCCUGAGAAACCAGCAUCUUCAAUAGAAGAAAACUGUUUGGAACUUCAAGAAAGUUUUAAACACAUAGAUGGUGAAUUCAAAGAAAGUACAUAUUUGAAAAAUACCUUCAAGAGUAUCAGUGCAUGUGAAUCUAAAUCUCUUGAUACUGAGUCUUGCAGUGAUCUCCAAAGUGACUUUGUGAAUGAGAAUCUUCCAAAACAAGGAUUAAGUGAAGAAAGAGCAAAAUUGGUGAAGCAGAUUGAGGAGAAAGAAGACUUUCUUCGGAGGCUAAAACUGGUCAAAAUGUAUAGAUCAAAGAAUGACCUGUCUCAGUUACAGAUGUUAAUACAGAAGUGGAGAAGCUGUAGCCAGCUGUUGCUUUAUGAGUUGCAGUCAGCUAUGUCUGAAGAGAACAACAAACUCAGCCUUACUCAGCUGAUAGACCACUGUGGGUUAGAUGAUAAAUUACUACACUAUAACAGAAAUGAAGAAGAGUUUAUCGGUGUUUAAUUCAUAAUUUUUUUUCCAGAAUAUUUUUGAGAAUGACAACUUAAAAGAUAAUACAUUUUAAAAGGAAGGUAGAAGCCAUUAGGGCCUAGAGAAAGGUAUCUUGAUGAAUAUCAAUUUAGGGCACUCUGGUAUAUAAAUAUAAAAUAAGUUCUAAAAUGAAAAUUUAAUAUUUUGGAUAAGUUUGCCAAAGAAAACUUGACAUUUAAAGAAAUGUGAAAAAAAAUUAAAUCAUGUUUAAAAAAUAAUUUGGUCAUUUCUGGAAGUCAAAUUUAAUACAUUGUUUUGUUUACUGUGGUAAAAAAGUUCUAUUUUUUUUUUAAGGUUUUAUUUUAAAUGUUAAAAAAUACUUCAGUCUGGUUAAUGUCUAAACCUGAAGUGGUCUAAAAAUGCCUGCCUGUCUCCUAAGUUUAUGAACCGUGUUUUUAUCCAUUUACCACAUACUUCCUUCUGCAUGGUUGUAGCAGGUAAUUAAAGUUGUUCAUAUGU